GCUUCGGGUCGCAGGCCUAUUACAGCGCGUCGGCUCAUAGUCAGGAGCUCUCACGCCUACAAUUUAUCAACCAGAUCGCUGCGAAACGCUGCAUCUGGGCAGCACGCUGCUCACCCAUCGCUGCGGCGACAUUUCACCUGCUCUGCAUAAAUAUUAAAAGCAGCAUAAUAAGAUGGCAGAGGGAUCGAUAGCCCAUCAUCCUUCAUACGAACCGGGCCAACCGGCAUUCGAGCCGGCUCAGGCGCAGCUUCUGGCUACGUUCCAGGCUGCUCAGCUCGCGAUGACGACGGGCUGGCCAGCGAUAGCGCAAGCCGCUCACGCCCUCGACCUGGACGUAUUGCGCCGCGAGCUCGCGGCGGGCGUCGCUGUCGAUCUUUUGAGUAUGCCUGGUGGUCAGACGCCUUUACAGCUUAACUGUCACGUCACGAACGAAACAGUCGUCUACCGGCGCGGGGGCACGGACGAAGCCUUUCUUGCCUGGGCCGCUCAACCAGCUGAACGUCGGAGAGUAAUCGACGACGGCAUCGAUGCAGACCGGCUCGCCUGCGUCGAGCUGCUGCUGGCGCACGGCGCAUCACCAAGACCCGGGGGUAUCUUUUUUCCACCGCUCAUAGACGCAGUUGCACAAGGUAGUCUGGCUCUUGUCAAUGUGCUUCUAGAUGCCGGCAGUGACGUCUCCGUGCUUAGCACCCCCCCUCCAUUAGAAUUUGCCUGUUCGCCGUUGAGCAUGGCGGUGAUUUCACAUUAUCAUGCUCUUCGAAAUGGGCGUCCGAUGGGAUAUGAUCAUAUCGCCAUUGCAGACGCUCUUCUUAAGGCGGGCGCGGAUGCGAACCCCCCCGAAAUAAAAGAAAGAUCACUGAUGAAGUGGGCAAUCGGUGGUGGCCACCGCCGCCUCUGGCCUGUCCUGCUGCGAGGCGGCGCGAUUCUCCCACCUCCCGGUGAGAACCCAUUCAACUGGCCCGGGGCAAGUUACAAUACUGAACGCGCGGACCCCUACCUGCAAAAGAUCGACGCCGCGGGCAGCUGGGCGGCCCACGAGAAAGCGCACCGCGCGGCGCUCCAGGCGAUCUUCGCGCCGAAGUUCACGCACCUCGUCCCGCCGGAGCUCGUGGCGCGCAUCGUCGAGUACUCGUUCCACCUCGGCUUCUACUAA